UAAAGUUAAAGUAUUUUAAUUUCAACUUGUUCAAUUAGGUUAAAUUAUGGAAGACUUUAUUAAAACUCGUGCUUCAAACAAUAUUGAAAAUGCUGAAAAAAUGCACACUCUCUUUACUUACGAAGCGCAUAAGCCAUCAAGUUUAACCAAAGACCAAACAAAAAGUAAAAAUGCUUUAAUUAAUCGAACACAGCAAUCUUUAUCUGGAGAAAAAGAUAUGAAAAGCCAAAAAAUAAAUGAAAAAGAAGAACAAGAAAAAGAAAUGAAAAGAUUUAGAUAUGAUAUUAUCAAAUUUGGAAUGUCCGGUUUAGAUAAGCAUAGUGGUCUAAAAGCAAAAAUGGCAUUAGCAAUAAGUUUAGGUGCAAAACCACCAAAAAAUAGGGGAAAAAAUUACAAAAAAUUAAUCGAAGAAAGGAAAAGGAAUGCAGCGCAAGAAGCUAAAAAAUUAAAGUUUGCAUCCGGUUUUAGUGCAAGUAAAUUAUUAAUGAACAAAAAUAAGAAAAAUAUUAAUUCAAAUACAAAUAAAAGAAAAGGUAAGAAAUCCAAUGGAAUCCUUGACGUUUAUGGAAAAGUUGCCAAAGGUAAAGCUCAUAAAAAAGGAAGUAAAAAGAACUAA